AGGUUCUAUCAUCUGAUGGCAGACCAACCCCUGACUGACUGGGACAGUGAUCUCUUUGACUGCUGCGAGGAUGCACAGACUUGUUGCUAUGGUUUCUGGUGCGGGCCAUGCCUUGCCUGCACUGUUUCAGGCAGAUUUGGAGAGAGCCGCUGGCUCCCCUUAUGUGACAUGUGUGUUGAUAAAAUGAUCUCUCCAGCAGCCCUGUCUCUAAGAGUUGCCAUGAGACACAAAUAUGGUAUCAAGGGUUCACUUUGCAAGGAUAUUGUUGCGACCAGCUGCUGCCCAAUAUGUGUCUGGUGUCAGAUGUACCGCGAGUUAAAACAUCGCAAAAAGUCCCCCGUCGUCAUCAACAUGCAGGUGCAAUCUCCUGUCAACAUGCAGCCUCAUCCAAUGAUGGCAGUUCCUCCUCAGCCUGUUUUCAACAGAUAAGCAGAAAUCAUCCAGGCUUCCUUUUGAUUUUCAUCAUCACAAUAUUUAACAUUAUCACCAUUGCAAGAUAUUUUAAUUUUAUGUAUCUUAAUUUGGACAGAACAAAUAGGUUCAGCAAGAUCUAGAGAAAUUCAUCCAUGUGUUUAUCUUUGGUCGCAUUGAUUACUGCAACAGUGUCUUUACAGA